CAAAGGGACUUACACACUGGCCAUGGCACGUUCAACUCUACCUAGCUGCCAUUGCUACGCGUCUCCAAAGUCUACCCAACUUCAAAAUAAUACUGGAGGACAGGACCGCGCCUACCAGACCACUCCCACAACAUAUAUUCUCCCUUUUGCGCACCAUUGUAUGUACGCCGAUGGGCACGCAUUCAUACGCCGGAAACGCGCAUUUGCAUUGAUACGACCACCGCCCGCCGGGAGCCGUCACCAUGGUUCAACCGGGCUAUGGCGGCCUCGACACGCCACAGACGAACCUUGGAGAUGCGACGUACCUCAGCCGACAGCCCGAUUUUGACAUUUCACAAGAAGCUUCCUUCCAGUCGCCCUCGAAAGACGCGAACCUUCUACAGCAGCUCCGCAAUGGCGGCCGGCCCAACCUGAGAACGCCCCGCGGCAACAGUCGCACACCCUUCACCGACAGGAUGAACCUACCGGCCGGCCUGGGCGGCGCCGAGUUCACCCCCUUGCUCAAGUCCGCGACGCGGAACAGCUCGCGCCGCUUCGGGCCCGGCAAGGAGAACGGCCUGGCAACGCCCGCCUUCCUCGACAAGAUCGACGAGGACCUGACGCCCAUGGCCGCCGGCGAGAGCAGCGUGUACGGCGGCUCCCGCAACGCGUCGUCGUACGCGGACGCAACGCCGCUCCCGGCAGCAGCGGCGGACAGCAGCAGCAUCGCGCCCACGCCCAUGAUCAUGCGGCGGCGCGGUGCUGACGGGAAGGGGCCGCUCGAGGACGGGAAUCAGCUGUCCCUGCGCGAGCAGGAGAACGUGAUUGACAGGAUCGAGAAAGAGAACUUUGGCCUGAAGCUGAAGAUCCACUUCUUGGAGGAGGCUCUGCGCAAGGCGGGGCCGGGCUUUAGUGAGGCCGCCCUGAGGGAGAACACGGAGCUCAAGGUCGACAAGGUCACCAUGCAGAGGGAACUGCAACGCUACAAGAAACACCUGACGUCGGCGGAGAGAGACCUCGAGAGCUACCGCCUGCAGAUCCUGGAGGUUCAGGAAAAGGCCAAGACGAAGUAUGCGAACGAAAGCCAACGCGCCGAGAUGGACCGGCUCAGACGCGAGCUCGAGGAAAAAGAUGCCGACAUAGAGCAGCUCCGACGGAGGAUCGAGGAGGAACAGAACGAUCGCGAUAACGUUGAAAAGUUGCACGACGACAUAGUCGAUCUCGAGGCGGACAUUCGCCAGAAAGACCUGGUUAUUGGCGAGCAUGAGGACGAACUGGAGGAGCUGCGGCUCAAGCUGGAGGAGGCUGAAGAAGAGAACAAGGACGGCCAGCGUCGGAUCCUCGAGCUGGAACAAAAAGGCCAGCAAUCCGAUGAGCUUGAAGAUGCGAAGGACACAAUCCAGGACUUGGAUGCUAUGGUACGGAAACUCGAGCAGGAAGUCGACAGGUUGAAGGAAAAGCUUCAAGAUGCGGUCUCGGAGAAGGAUCGCGCUCAAGACGACCUAGAUGAGCUACAGGAAGAGUUGUCGAACAAGUCCAUGGUUACCAAAGGCCUUUCUCGGCAGGUGGAAGAGAAAGUCUCCCGGCUACAACACGAUCUGGAGAAGGUCCGCCAAGAGUAUGCGGCUCUCGAGAGGGAACAUGAAGCAACUAACAAGGCAACCGAAGACCUCAAGUCCAAAACAAAAGAGCUUCGUCAAGAACGAGACUCGUCAGAGCGCGUACGACAAUCUCUCGCUACCAAACUCGAGGAAGUCCAGGGAGAGCUCAAUGCGAGGAGCAAUGAGAAGGCGCUGCUCCAGUCCCGCCAUGACUCUUUGACCAACGAGUCUGCUUCGCUACAACGCGAGGUAAGCAGGCUCCAGAAGUCGAUCACCGAACUGGAGGAGGGCCUCAAGCGAGAGCGGCAACAUGCGUUGAAUAUAGAACGGGACAUACGGAGCCAGUACAAGGAUGAGGUCGACCGCCUCAACGACGAGAUAUCCGACUUGCAAGCCGAGGUUCGAGAACGAGAGAACCUGUACGACAAUGACAGUGAGAAAUGGGAGACGGAGCGGCACAACCUCGAAUCCGAGCGGAAUCGCGCUGAGGAAUGCGCUGCUGGGCUCCAGAAAACCAUCGACAAGUUGCGAGAGGCCGAGGGCAGCCUGUCGAACAAGGAAACCAAGCUGCAGGAGGCCAUACAAAGCGAGAGCGAGCGGCACAAGAACGAGGAAGCUGUCCUUCGGCGACAAAUCGAGGAGCUGCAACAAAACUUGGAAUCUCGUCAACAUAUGCUUGAGGACCUGCGCAACGAGUUGUCGGCCGUUAGAGACGAGCUUCGACAAACUCAACUCGAGUACAAGUCCCAAAGCGAGAAGGUCGAAGCAUUAGAGGACGAGGUUGAGGUGCUACAGGCGACAAUCGACGAGGCAUCCGAGAAAGCCAACCAGGAGCUAGAGCGUGCCAGUCACGAAGCCGCUGGCCUCAAGCAGGAGCUCAAUCUACUGCGAGAAGCUGCGGAGGCUGUCCGAGCUUCGACAGCUGCUUCCGAGGAAGCAUCCCGAAAUACAAAUGAUAACCUCUUCCUCAUCAAAUCCGAACUGGCCAGCGCGACGGGAAGUCUAACCAAGGCCACGAAGGACAAGCAAGCGUUGCAGGAUCAGCUAGCUAAUAUCAACCUCGAGCUGCACUCACUCAGGACUUCCUUGGCGGAAACGAAAGCAGAGCGGGACGAGCUGGAGACGGAGCUGCAGCGUGCCAAGCCGCACAACGGUGACCCCUUCCGAGUCGACCAGGAGAGGAUCGAGUUGCGGACUACGAAGACGCGACUUGACAGCGAAGUUCGACGCCUCAAGGAGGAAAACAAGGCUCUCACCGAGCAGCGCCUCGCGGUCGAGAAGGCCCUGGACGACGAGAUUGAGAAGGCGGCGGCUGAGGAGGAGCGCCUGAACCAGGAGAUCAUCCAGCUCCAGACCAGGCUUCGUCAGUCAUCAGAGCCCCAGGAGCUGGCGUCGGCACGUCGCAGCAUUCGCGAGCUGGAGCGCCGCAUCGAGGACUACCAGAACCAACUUGCUACCUCGCACAUGCCAACUGCCGGUAACAGCGGCGAGGGCAAUAGCGAGUUGUCUCUGAUUCGCCGCGAUCUUACCGCCGCCAGAGCCAAGGAAGUUGACCUGCUCCAACGUGAGGCUUCCCAGAAGGAUAUCGUCAAGUCGCUCAAGCGCCAGAUCUCGGAACUGGAGCGUCAAGUUCACGAAGUCCAAGUGUCACGGUUGGCAUUUUCACCACCAUCUGCUGGAGGCUCGGCGCAGAAAGCCGAGGUAGGCGAGUUAAGACACCAGCUGUCGUCGGCCCACCAGACUGUGCACGAUCUGAAGAAGUCCCUCCGCGAAGCCGACCGUAGGGCAGCUACCCUCUCCCGUGAGCUAGAGGCUCGCGUAGAAGAAGUUGAGGAGCAGAAAGCCUCGAUGGAGCAGGCCCUGGAAGACGCGCAUCUUGCCGCUGAUGAAGCCGCCGCAACAUACGACCGCACGCUGAAGAAGUACAAGCACAAGCUGGAGAAGUACAAGCGCGAGCGCGACGAACUCGCCAAUGCGCUCAGGGACCAGCAGAACCACCAGCUCACCGACCAUAGCGGCGUCAGCGAGAUGAGUCUCGAGGAGCGCCGCGACCUGCACGCCAUGCUCCGCGAGUCCCAGACGGCGGCCGACAAGCUCGACCGCGAGGUCCGCGAGCAGCGCGAGGCCCUCGAGGAGCUGAUGGCCAACGAGGCGAACCUGCGGAAGAAGCUGGAGCGGGCGAGAAGCGAGAGGGCCGCGUACCGCGCCAGCGCGGAGAAGCUGCAGCGGGACAUCAAGACGCUGAAGACGGCAAAGGAGGCAGCCGAAACCGCAGCCGCCGCCAGCAGCGAGCGGGCCCUGGUUCACAUCCCGCGGUCGAGGUCGUCGAAGUCGUCGCCGUCGUCCCACGCCGCAGCCGACACGGACGCCAUCAUCCGGGCCGCGGAAGCGGCUGAGCAGCGCCACGCCAAGGAGAUCCGCGGCAUGUGCAUGCAGCUGGGGUGGAUGCACGCACGAUGGGAGCGCGAGACGCAGCUCAGAGCCGAUGCCGCCUUUGCGAAACGGUACCUGCUGCUGGAGCUCCAGGUCCGGGAUGCUUGCAACAAGGCAGACCUCGUCAUCCUCAACGACAUCAGGGGCCAGCUCAAGAGCAAGAGCCGCCCAGCCCCAGCCCUACCCGGCCCCCCCUCCCGCCACUCGUCGAACCCCAACGGCACCGACCACCAGGACGGCGGCAAGAAGGGCCGCCGCACCAGCCCCAGCCCCAUCGCCAGACUCCGGCGCGUCGGCAUCGCGGUGCGCUUCGUGGUGCGCAUGCAGCUCGCGGCGCGCGGGUGGGCGCAGCACGAGCGGACGCGACGGCGCCUGGCCGAGGCGGCGGGCGAGAUGGAGAAGCAGGAGCGCAUCAGGAGGAUGCGCGACGAGUGGAGGGCGCAGAUGCGGGUGGCGGUGGAUGGUGGCAGCUAGCGGGGGCGUGAAAAAGAUUUGGGGAGGGGGACAGGGGAAGAGGAUUUCUGUGUGGGCACUGAGAGGUCGCGGGCUGAGCUGGCUGGCAUUGUCCCGAGUCAUCGAUCUUAUUUCCGUGCGCGGUGUCUGGGCAUUGGACUGGAUUCAUGGCCUCUCUCUCGGUCGGCAUAGUGGGCUUGCA